GCUCCCGGAAGCGGAAGGGCAGCGCGGCCCGACUUGGGCGGCGGCGCCAAAGAAGAAGGAGGCGGCGGCGGCGGAGGGGGCGAAGCCGCUGGCCGUCGCGAGAGCAGCGGCGGCGAGAGACGAGCCAGCCGGCGCCGGUUCUCAUGAAGAACUAUUGCUGAAGAGAGAUUUGGGUGGAUGUAAUUUUUAAAAGAAUGAAUGAAGACAAAACUUGUAAAUGCAAGCACUGGAAGAAUUACAGCACAUCUUCGUGAGUUUGCAAGCGUUGUAAUAUUUUCUCUUGUGAGAUUUUAUUUCUGUGAUUAAAAAAAUGCAUAUUCUCUGGUAAAGGAAAAUAAAGAGUUCAAAGAACAGGAUCAUCUUCCCUUGUGGGUUGGCAGCCAGUCAUAGGACUGUAAGAUGGGUCUCCGGAUUCACUUUGUUGUUGACCCACAUGGUUGGUGCUGCAUGGGUCUGAUUGUCUUUGUCUGGUUAUACAAUAUUGUCAUAAUUCCCAAAAUUGUCCUCUUUCCUCACUAUGAAGAAGGACAUAUUCCAGGCAUAUUAAUAAUAAUAUUCUAUGGCAUUGCCAUAUUUUGCCUGGUUGCCUUAGUGAGGGCCUCGAUAACUGAUCCAGGAAGACUGCCUGAGAACCCUAAGAUCCCCCAUGGAGAAAGAGAGUUCUGGGAAUUGUGUAACAAAUGUAAUUUGAUGAGACCAAAGCGUUCCCAUCACUGCAGUCGCUGUGGCCACUGCGUAAGGAGAAUGGAUCAUCACUGUCCAUGGAUUAACAAUUGUGUUGGUGAAGAUAACCAUUGGCUUUUUCUGCAGCUGUGUUUCUACACCGAGAUUCUUACUUGCUACGCACUGAUGUUUUCUUUCUGCCACUACUACUAUUUUCUUCCACUUAAAAAGCGUAAUUUGGACCUCUUUAUUGUUAGACAUGAAUUGGCAAUAAUGAGACUGGCUGCUUUUAUGGGCAUUACUAUGUUAGUUGGAAUAACUGGACUCUUUUAUACACAACUGAUUGGCAUCAUUACAGAUACAACAUCUAUUGAAAAGAUGUCAAACUGCUGUGAAGAAAUAUCGAGGCCCCGAAAGCCGUGGCAGCAGACCUUCUCAGAAGUUUUUGGCACUCGUUGGAAGAUCCUGUGGUUCAUUCCUUUCAGGCAGAGGCAACCACUGCGAGUUCCCUACCACUUUGCCAAUCAUGUCUAAACAGAUGGAUGGUGGGCACAGAUGGGUCCUCCAUGCUGGAAAUGCGUUACAGGUUUUAUGAUAAUAGAACUAUGACAGUCUUCAAGUCAAUUAAAAUCCACCCACCAAUCUUAGGCAUCA